AUGAAAAGAUCUCGAACAUGCACCCAAGCUUCUCCCCAAGAAGGGACCACUGCUACUACUUCUUCGAUUUUAGUCACAGCAGAUCCUCAACUGGAGAACCACCAGUCUACUCCUUCUAAAGGGAAACAAGUUAUUGUUAAAGAGUCUAGGGAAGGAGAUUCGUACGAUGAAAGUUCAACUUCUUUGUCUAGAUAUACUAUCUCUGAUGAAAACGAGACAGAAAGAGAAAAUCAAGGCAAUGAUUAUGAGGAAGGAGAAGUCGAUAUUAGCGGUGAAGAUGAUAUAAUUGUAGAAGAUGUUCCUGCCGAUGAAGGACAUACUCUCCCAACCUUCGAAAACCUUAUUCUCUUUAUUUACUUUUGUUCUUUUCUCCUUUCCUAUCUUAUAUAUUUUAUUUCAAGCGAUCAUGUUGUGAAUACGAAGGCAGAUAACACUUCUCCCAUAGAUUUACCUCCCGUCGUACCAGCGACUUCACCGAGAUUCUCGAUGCAUCCACGAGUAGUGGCAUGUGAAAUUGCUUUUCUGGUGGAGUCAACUGAUUUACCAACUCCCACCACUGUCGAUUCAAGUACUGAACCUAGGGCUCCAUCUUUUGCUGAGAUGGCGGAACCUGAUCCUUCUCUCGUUAGAGAGACACAACUGCUCGCUGUUUCGGCACCAGCAAAAGGGAACUUACCCCAAAGUGGUAUGGCAAGUUCUGGCUCUAUUGGGACUUCAUCAAAUGUGUUGUCCUUUAAGAAGGUUUCUGCAUACAAAUUGGCACUGAUCAGGAAUUCCAUAUUAGCUAUCAUUGAGAUGUUUAAAGAUCUUGAUCAAUGGUCAGAUCUGGCUAUCGCUUUAGAUGUCUUAGACAGUGUUGCACGGAUGGCUAAAGUCAAUGUUUCUUCUGUACGCGAUGCUCUCUUAAGAUUCCAUAAUUCGAUAACUGUUCUAUCAUCUGAUGAAACUGCGAUUGUCCCGCCUAAAAUUUUGGAGUAUAGGAAGCAGCUUGUGUACUCUAAGGAGAAAGUUUCUCAGAUUUCUCCCAUUGUCUCUCGCCACGAUCAAGAACAGUUAUCUUUGAGAGAGCAACUGAAGACUUUUGCUGAUAACAAGACAUCUAUUCAGGAUCGUAUUACUCUUUUGAAGUAAGAAAUCGCUCAGUUGGAGAAGCAAAGUUUGGAGGAAGAUCUGAACAUUGAAAGAGUAUAGAAAAAGAUACAGUACAGCCUUCACUCUGUGGAUUCUGAAAGAUCUGAAUUGGCUAAGAAUGAAGAAUUAAUUGCCUCUUUGGAGGAAAAGCUAGCUGGUAUCUCGGAUCCUACUAGAAUUAUUUCAAAUGCCAGACUAGAACAUGCGGCUGCUCAAGUUAAUCUUCAAAAAAAUUUGCAACAAUACUUAGCAGCAUUAGGCAUUA